UCAAAAUUCAAUGGAAAACAAUUUUUUUCCAUACAAAAUAGCAGCAUUGGAAUUUAAUACUCAAUCAGAAGAAUUUUUCCUCGGAUAUUUUCGCAUAUUAAAUAGUUUCAUCAACAAGAAGACGUAAGUGAAAACAAAAGCGAGCAAAAGAAAAAAAAACCAGCAACAAAGAACGGGAAUAAAGAGUAGUGAAGAGCACUGAAUCAUAAGCGCAAAGUCACAAGUAAUUGAACGGCUGAGUUGAACUGUCACGGAAUGUGAGUAUGUGAAUAUAGAAGAGAGAGUGAGAGAGACAGAGAUAAAGAUAGAAAAAAAGAGACAUCAUAUUGCAAAUGGCGUUAAUAAGUUGCUUGUCGUUCAAUUGAUCAUAAGCUAAAAACAGCUCCAGUAGAAUUUACUCUUUGCUGUCUGAAGGCGAAAAAAAAAAAUUUCAACGAAAUUGUUUUUCUUUAUUUCGUUGUGGCGAAAUUUCGUUAUAAUAGUGGAACAAAAAUUCAGAAGCAAAAAUACGGUAACAUCGAAUACUUCCGCAGAGAGUAAUCGAAGCCAGUGAAAGUGUACUACACAAAUAUUAUUGGUUCCUGCUAAUCUAUAGAGGAAAUUUGAUUUUCUGAAACAUAAAAAAAGAAUUCAAAUUAAAAAACCAACACAAUGUCGAAACCGUCUGGAUCAAGCGAAACCAACAGCACCAUUGGCGGCCAAAAUCCAUCGCAAAAGCGAUUGCAACAGACACAGGCUCAGGUCGAUGAAGUGGUUGGUAUAAUGCGUGUCAACGUGGAGAAAGUAUUGGAACGUGACCAAAAGUUAACGGAAUUGGAUCAACGGGCCGAUGCCUUGCAACAUGGUGCAUCGCAGUUUGAACAACAGGCCGGCAAAUUAAAGCGAAAACAAUGGUGGGCCAACAUGAAAAUGAUGAUUAUCAUGGGUUGCAUUGGCGUGUUUCUGGUCAUCAUAAUAGCUGUUUCGCUCUGGCCAUCUGGAGAUUCAUCGCCUGUGCAGAGUAGUAAGCCGAAUAAUUAAGAGAUUCAAUUCAAUCAAUCCAAAUUAAUACUAAACAAUAGCAACACGAGACUUUGCUAUAACUAAUCAAAUCUUUACAAAUGGAUGAACAAAAAAAUUGAAAAAAAGAAAAAAAUAGUAAAUGAAACAUCAAUAUUAUGAUUAUUGGUCUGAUGACAAGAUUACACUAAAUUCCAUUAAUGUACUUUUAGUUUUUUUUUCUCUUUUGUUGGUUCUGUUCAAUGCCCCCCAUUCUAUUAUUCAUUAUGUUGCGUCAAAUAUUAACACCAUCCCAUGCAAAUAAAUAUAAUAUUAACAAGAUACAGUUUCCCUUCAAUCAAUGACGACGAAUUUUCUUUUGUUGCAAAAAUAAUAUCUAGAAAAAGUAUUAGAAAAAUCUCGUUGAGAUGUGCUCAAACCACAUUUUGAAUGUGUUUUUUUUUGUAUUCAAUUUUAUUAGAAUGAGAUAAAUAGGAAACGCACAUGAAAUAGGGGAAUAAAAAAUAAACAAAUAAUGAUAUUUAUGCGCAUAAUGUACUACUACCUUUUUUUCUGAUAAUACACAAAGGAAUGGCAAAACUAUAAAUAAAUUCUGUGUAAAAAUGAAAAUUAGAA